ACCCUCCUCACACGGGAAGCCCACGGAGCCAACCAUGAACGCAUCGCUGGCACACUCCUCAGAGUGUGGUCCAAAGCAUGGGUAGUACGGGGGCCAAGAAUCGCAAGAAGCAACAUUGACUCCUGCGUGCACUGUCGAAAGACCAAGGCAAGGUUAUGCAGGUAACAGAUGAGCGAGCUCCCUAGUGAACGAUCUGAACCAGCCGCACCGUUUGAGCUAACAGCACUGGAUCUCUUUGGCCCCUACGUUGUCAGAGACACUGUAAAGAGAAGAACAAAGAUGAAAGUCUGGGGAGUAGUAUUCAGUUGUAUGGCUUCCAGGGCACUGCAUGCUGACAUCGUGGAAGACCUGUCAACCGAUGGCUUCCUAAAGGCGUACCAGCGCUUCACAGCUCUCAGGGGCCACCCAAGGAAACUUUGGUCGGAUCAAGGGACCAACUUCGUGGGCGCCAAACCAGCUUUAAAGGAGCUCUACGAAUUCCUGUACAACAUCGACAAGGAUCAAGUCCAGAAGAAAGCAACCGCCGCUGGGACCGACUGGUCGUGGGUGUUUCACCCAGCAGACUCUCCCCAUCGAAACGGAGCAGCUGAAGCAGCAGUCCAUAUGCUCAAGAGAGCGUUGAGCAACAUCGGGGUGGAAAGUCACCUGACAGCACUGGAGUUCCAGACUCUCCUCUACCUGGCAGCUAAUCUGUCAAACGAAAGACCAAUCGGCGCCAGAGUCCAGGUACAAGACGAGACUGUAGGAGUCAUCACUCCCAACUCACUUCUGCUUGGCCGUGCUGGGCCUAGUGGGGACUCUCAAGGGUUUGAAUACCUGACUUACCCCGUGGCACGCCUGAGAGCGGUCCAGAUCGAGGUCAACAAGUUCUGGAAGCGGUGGAGCCAGCUGGCGGGCCCGGGCCUCUUCGUUCGACAGAAGUGGCACGCACCCGCAAGGAACGUCACAGUGGGAGACUUAGUGUGGUUGGCUGACCAGAAUGCACUGAGAGGCCAGUUUAGGCUCGGUCGAGUUGUGGAGGCCCAUCCUGAUGCAAAAGGCAUAGUACGAGAUGUGAAGGUGAGGACGUGCCAAAGUUGUCCGGUUUCCAGUGGACAAGGUGGGAAAGGCAAAGAGAAGGAGAACCAUCCCUCCACCAUCCUUCACAGAGAUGUCAGAAGGCUGGUGGUUCUGUUGCCAGUGGAGGAACAGAAAUAGAUUCCCCACCACAUGAUGGUGUGUUUCGGAAAAAGGGAUCAAGACCCCCCCUCCACCAUCCUCCACGAGAGGUGGUGGUGUGUUUCGGAAAGAAAAAGGAUUAAGACCCCCCCUCCACCAUCCUCCACGAGAGGUGGUGGUGUGUUUCGGAAAGAAGAAGGAUCAAGACCCCCCCUCCACCAUCCUCCACGAGAGGCUGGUGGUGUGUUUCGGUAAAGGGCGCCACUGUGUCGUCAAGGACAAUGUGAAACCUUUAUUUGUCAUUUAUAUCUGUUAUUCAUAUCGCGUGUAAUACGUUCGUACCCAGCGAUGCAGCUUUAUGUACCCAUUUGAAAGGUAAAAAUUGUGUGUGUAAUACGUUCAUACCCCGCGAUGUAGCUUUAAGUACCCAUUUGAAAGGUAAAAUUGUGUGUAACGAGUUCGUACCCAGCGAUGUAGCCAUUUCGAAAGGCAAAGUUUGUGGUUGUUGUGGCCUACUUGGAUUUAGGAAUCAGUAGGCCAAGUGGGAGGUGUAGAACUUUCUAGCAGGCAAAGCUAUUUGUCUUUCAUUCUAUUUGUUCAUUGUUGUAACUGGCAUCAAAGCACCGUUGCCUUUAAAGUGCCUUUAAGGUGCAUCGUCAAAGCCAUGUUUUGUUAUAUAUUGCCUUCAUAUGCGCCUUUGUAAAUCUAUCUAUCAUUAGAACCUGUACGACUUGUCGGUUUUACAACCUAACUGACUGUCUAACUGACCGUCUAACUGACUUCAAACUAACUUCAACUUAACUUAACUGUUGCUUAACUGUGUAUGUGGAAUAAACCUUCAGAAAGACA